CAGAUUGUGAUCUUAACAACAUCUUUAUUUUGUCUGUUUCCGUCUCUUCUUUCCAUCAGACUCGCCCCGACUGAAACAGCCAUGGCGCUCCAAGUUCUGGGCAUCACCAUGUCAAUGAUAGGGCUGGCGGGCACCAUCGUGAUCUGCGCCCUCCCUAUGUGGAGGGUGACGGCCUUCAUAGGCACCAACAUUGUGGUGGCGCAGGUCUUCUGGCAGGGCCUGUGGAUGAACUGCGUGUACGAGAGCACAGGGCAGAUGCAGUGCAAGAUCUACGACGCCCUGCUGGACCUAUCCCCCGACCUGCAGGCAGCCAGGGGCCUGGUGGUUAUCACCAUCGUGCUGGCCUGCCUGGGCUUCCUCAUCUUCCUGGUGGGCGCCCAGUGCACCAACUGCCUGGACAACCCUCGGGUCAAGGCCCGCCUGGUACUGGCCUCCGGGGUCACCUUCGUGCUCUCGGGCCUCACUACCCUGGUGCCCGUCUCUUGGACGGCCAGCUCCAUCAUCCAAGACUUCUACAACCCCCUCGUGCCCGAGGCGCUGAAGAGGGAGCUGGGAGCCGCCCUCUAUGUGGGCUGGGUGACCGCUGGCUUCCUGCUCUUCGGAGGGGCAGUCCUCUGCACCACCUGUCCUCCGGAGAAGGUCAGCUACCCUGCUCGGUACACCCUGGGGAAAAUCUCCACCCACAGCAGCAGCUACGCAAUAAAGAACUAUGUCUGAUGAACAGAGAGCUGUCUCUGUGAGGGCCGACAGAGGGGGGAAGAGAUGAUUUAGCACACCUCUUGGGGGAAGUCACUGUCACAAUGGAGAAUCACUACAAUGGCUGGGCACUCUACCUCAUGUGCAUAAAUCUGGUUGAUACCAAACAGCUUAUUAAAUAAAUCCACAGAAAAGCAGAGGUAUUGCAUCAGAUCAUGGAAGCAGA